AUGGUUUCAAGAAAUUACAGGCCAAGUAUGCAAAAGUCUACUAUUGAUUUGAAUCGUGAAACAUCAUCGACAUCUGUCUCUGAAACCCAACCUGAACAUGGUGUUGAAGGAUUGGAAAAUGUAGUUCUGCACAAUGAAGAUGAAUCAAGGCAUAAAUGUAAAGUCAAAUGGAGCAAGGAAGCCACUAUACUUCUCAUAAGUGGAUGGCUUAAUACAUCUAAGGAUGCCAUUGUCGGGAAUGACCAAACUUCACAUUUCUGGGCUCGAAUCACAGAAUACUACAACACCAACCAAAAAUGGGAGCAAGCAAGAACUAGAAGGCAAUGUAAAGAUCAUUGGAACAAGAUGAAUCAAAAGGUUGCGCGUUUCAAUGGGUGUUAUAACGAGUACAACAAGGACAUCACAAUGAUAUCAGUGAUGAUGAAGUACAUGAAGUGCGCCCUACUGGCCAAAAGGCAGCAAAGAGACAAAGGAAGGAAAAAAAAAGACACAGAUACUAGAUUUAUAGAGAUUAGUGAACGGAAAGCAUCUGCAUUGGAGAAAUUGGUGGCGAUAAAGGAGAAAGAGGCAGAAGAUAAUAGGAUGACAAAAUACAUGGAUUAUCUCAUCAUGGACAUGUCGCAUAUGACUCAUGAACAAAAGAAAGAUCAUGAAAACUUGUGUACUUAUAUUAAGAAUAAUAUCCUGAAGUUGUAA